CCAGCAGUCUGCAUGUGCGAGGAAUGUGAACUAUUCGAGGUGGUUUCACCGUGUCAGCGGAAUUACGUACUAACUUUGGCUUUUGUCUGUGGAAGUUUUUGGAAGUUUCCCUCAGUCCGCGUGAGUGGCUAGUGUAUGCACGCCCCUUCAUCGCGCGCUCUCGCUCGCACGCACGCACGCACACAAACACCCGGACAAGCAGAAACACGCGCAGCCAAACCAGGACGUGCAUCUGGAUCUAUUCGCAUUCUGUUCCACCCAGCUCCUCGUGCGUAAUGUAAACAACAAGGAGAGGUAGAGAAAAAGUUGCGUGACUCGGUAAAUCAUUUAAAGCUCGAGAGCGAGGCACCUCGCGCGCGCGCAUGAGGUCGGCGGCGGUGAUCUGGCGGGCCGCGCGCCUGCUCGCGCUCUCGCUCGUGUGUUUGCCGCUGGUCGGUGCGCGCGGUCCUCAGGUGCGAGCCGACAAAUCGUCGCGCGCUACAAACACGCGCCGAGACGAUUUGUUCCGCCAGGAGGAGGUCGUCAUGGUGACAGCAGGCGGCCAGAUCCAGAGCCCACGGUACCCAAACGCCUACCCACGCAACCUCCUGCUGUCAUGGAAACUGCUGGCCCCGCCCUUCACACGUGUUUUGAUGGAGUUUGAUGGGAGGUUUGGUUUGGAGGAGCCUGAGAACAACAUGUGCAAACAUGAUUUUGUUGAGGUUGCUGAAAUUUCAGAAAGCAGCACCAUCACUUGGGGUCCCUGGUGUGGAAGGAAAGCCCCGAGUCCAAUCACAUCCAAAAACAACAUCAUCAGAAUCACGUUCAAAUCUGAUGACUUCUUUGUCGCCAAGCCGGGAUUCAAACUUUGCUACUCCCUGCUGGUUGAUGCUCCACCGUCUUAUCUGAAUAACUUAGAGACUGUCACAGUUGCAUCGGAUCCUGUGUCUGCCUCUAAUGCUCCCUUAUCAGCUGAUGCUUUGGAUGAUAUCAUUGCGGGGUUCAGUACAGUGGAGGAGGUUCUUAGACACCUGAAUCCACAGACCUGGAGAAAGGACCUGAGCUCCAUCUACACACAAACACACCAGUACAUACCACGGAGCUAUUAUGCCAACCGUGCAAACAAACUUGAUCUGGAUCGUCUGCAUGAGGACGUGAGGCUGUACAGCUGCACACCACGCAAUUUUUCCAUAAAUCUGCGGGAGGAACUGAAAGUCACCAAUGCUGUGUUUUUCCCACGUUGCCUUUUGGUGAAACGCUGUGGUGGGAACUGUGCCUGUGGAACAGAACAUUGGAACUCCUGCACCUGUAGCCCUGCCAAAACAGUCAGCAAGCUUCAUGAGGUGCUGAAGUUCUCUCCAGGACCAAAUUUCUACAAAAGGAAAAUCAAAGCACGGUGGGUUCUCGAGGAAAUCAACCUGCAGCAUCAUGAGCAAUGCGAGUGUGUGUGUCACUCACAGCCACCUCGAUGAGAGAUGCAUACACACACAUCCACUCAGUAUUUCAGACAGUAAACGAUGUAGCUGAAGUAUCUUUCUCUGUUUGUUUGUACUUUUUAUCCGUCUUCAUGCGCACUGUUAUUUAUUUCUGUUUUAUGUUUUUUUUUUUUCCCCUUGCAAACAAAGAAAAUGAGACCGAGCUGAACUAAGAUGGUUUUUUCUCUCUCUCACACACACACUCACUCACUGACUCUCACUCACACACACACACACACAUUCCAGUCUCCCUGGUUCAGGAAGAUGAAAGUAAAAGCCAGAGUAGUGUGUUUUCACUCGUUAUCCAAAACAGUACAUUCCCCUCAUACCAGCCCUUCCUCAUAAACACACACACAAACACACACACACACACACACACACACCAGAGUGCUGUACAUAUGAUUGCUGUAGCUCUGUGUGUGAGCUCUUUGGGUUUGUUUAAACUGCAGAUUCAAUUAUUUUCUAUUUCAUUUGUCUUCAACACACAGAUAAUAAAGCAGAUUUUCAAGGUUCA